AUGGCCACGUACGCCCUCUGCGACAAGCCUGCGCAAGUCUCAGGCGAGAGAUCAGAGUCUCGCAAGAAGAGACGCCUGCGGGCGCCGACUUCCAAGGAUAUGAGCUCGUUGAAGCAGUUUAAGAAGAUCGGGCAAAUCGGCAAGGGUUCGUUUGGAGUGGUGCACAAGGUGAUGCAUGUGGCGUCGGGCGGAGUGUACACGCUCAAGACCAUUCCGCUUGAUGGCCUCUCCGAGGCCGAGUACGACGCAUCGCUGACCGAGGCUGAGGCGCUCUCGGUGCUGGACAACGAGUACGUUGUCAAGUACUUUUCAUCGUUUCUAGAGGAUGGCGAUCUGCACAUUGUGAUGGAGUACUGUCCCGACGGCAAUCUGUUUGAGCUGCUGAAAGACGCCCGGUCGCGGCGGCGGUACCUCUCGGAGCGGCGGGUCUGGUCGCUCUUUAUCCAGCUCGCUCUCGGCCUGCAUCACAUUCACUCGCUUGGCAUCCUGCACCGUGACAUGAAGUCGGAGAACGUGUUUCUCUCGUCGUCGGCCUCCGUCCGCAUCGGCGACCUCGGCGUGGCCAAGGUCCUCGAGUCGCCGAGCCAGCUCGCACGGACCUUUGUUGGCACCCCGUACUACCUCUCGCCAGAGCUCUGUGAGGGCCUCCCAUACUCGGCCAAGUCGGACGUCUGGUCGCUCGGCUGCCUCCUCUACGAGCUCUGUACCCUCCGUCCGCCGUUCCACGGCAAGUCGCGCGGUGCGCUAAUGAUGAAGAUUCUGCGGGGCAAGUUUCCGCCCAUCUCGUCCAAGUACUCGUCCGAGCUUACAGCACUGGUCGACAAGCUCCUCGUUCGCUCGCAGCACCUUCGUCCGUCAGUCCUCGACAUUCUGCUUGAUCCGGUUGUCGUUGCCAAAGCCCACAAAUACGGUAUCCACCACGUGGUGCCCGACAAAGCCACCCCGGCCGCCAAGCGCAUCGGCGUUGCUCCGUCCGGCUCAAGCUCGGGCUACGACUCGGGAUCAGGCUCCAGCAGCGCCUACAGCUACAGCUACAGUUCGAGUCGCCCCUCCACUGUCCGAGCAAUGCGGAUGCCGAGUGACUCGGGCUCGGGCUCGGAAUCUGACUCGAGCUCCGAGUCGACGUUUAUGGACGAGUGGUCGACGCUAGUGGCCAAGCAAGGGCCGUUUGAUCCGCGUGCCCCGCGCCAAGCCGUCUUUACAACCUCGGACGACGGCUCGCUCGACCCGGACCUGCAGCGGACUGUCCGCCGCGAGCGGGCCGCGCGGUCGACAGUUGUCCACAUUGACGGUAAGGCCAAGAGCAAGGUCAAGAACAAGAGUAAGAGGAAGGGUAAGAGGAAGGGUAAGAGCAAGGGCAAGGGCAACAAGCUGGGCAAGUCGCGGUCAAAUGCGUCGUUCCGGGCGAGGGCGGCGCGGUACAAGCACCGCGGCAAGUCGAAGCGGGUUCGCGGCCGCGGACGGAAGUCAUCAUCGGCAGCAUCGUACGAGUAUGUGUACAGCGAGGAGUCGGGAAGAGGCGAUGGAAAGGAGGCCGCGGGUGGAUCCGAGUCGGCGUCGGAGCGGACCCUCCUUGUGCAGCAAAUUGUGCUCCAUCAGCAGGAGCUGGUCGACAAGAUGGACGCCGAGCGCGGGGCAGCGGUUGACGACCUGAGUGGCGACGUCGAGCUGUUCGACGAGCUGUUUGAGUUUUACAAGGAGCUGGCCAAGGACGAUGACAAGGUUCACCGCAAGGCACAGCGCGGCAAGCUCUCGCAAGCCCGCAUCGAAGAGCUUGACAACAAGCACGCCCAGAUGAUCGAGGACUUUGUCCUCUCCCGCAUCUCCGAAGACCAGUACCCGGCCAUCCAGCACAUCUACCGCAUUCUCUUCCUCCGCGAAGAGUUCAAAGAGGGCAAGAAGUUGCUCUUUCAGCUGCUUCACACUGGCGAGACUCGGUCGUCGUCGUCAUCGUCAUCGUAG